GUGUGGUGUCCUCCGCGCUGGCGUGUGUGUGUGUGUGCGUGCGUGUGGAUGACAUUGUGGCGCUCGUUGAGGCAGCUCCAGUUGACGGGCCAGUAGUCGUUGCGAAACUUUUGCUGGAGCAACGCGUCGGACAACUGGCGGAGUUACACCUAUCGUCAUCGGCUAUCGCCAAUCGGCUAUCGGUAAUCGACUAUCGAUUGUAAACUAUCGUUAUCGGCUAUCGCGUGUGUUGACCUUGGUCGUGAUUAGUGCUUACUAUAACUAAACCAUGUGCAACGUCAUCUUGCGAGCAUUGGAUCAUCCGUGGGAUUCCAAAGGCCUCCGAAUGUCCAGAGCCCGAACAUAAAAUGUGGAGGGCACCCGUCAGGUCGGCAUGGCCAACGUGUGAAAAGCGCGAGAGGAAAGGACAGAGGAAAAUACGAGAAAUCAAAAUGCCUGCAAUAAAGUUACAAGAAUUGAAUUCAAUUCAUUCACGGAGCGCCAGGCUGAAUCACAUGCCAACCGAAUGGUCGCCCACAACUGGAGCUCCAGAGCUCCAGAGCGAGGAGAGUCAGCGGGUCGAGGGGCACGACUGGAGGCGCCCUGCAACAAAUUAUUUAAAAAGUUAUUGCCGCAUUAAGCGUCAUGGUGUUAAUAACAGUAAAACUUUAUGUUGGCUGACACUGACUUUGAUUUUAUUGGCCAACCGAUUUGGAAUGGGCACAGCAGUCGGCACGCCGGAAACUCCAGCUGCCGGAGGAUCCAAUGGGUUGCUCACGGAACUGCAAAUCGGAACCUGCAAGCAGGCCUUGGGCAUGGAAUCUGGCGCCAUCGCCGACUUUCAAAUAACGGCCAGUUCGGCCCAUGACAUGGGAAAUGUGGGACCCCAGCAUGCCAGACUUAAAAUAGACAACAACGGAGGAGCUUGGUGCCCGAAGCACAUGGUGUCCCGUGGUCUAACGGAGUACCUGCAGGUCGACCUGCUAGGUGUCCACCUGGUCAGCGCCAUACGAACCCAGGGCCGCUUCGGCAAAGGUCAGGGUCAGGAGUACACUGAAGCCUAUGUGGUUGAGUACUGGAGGCCGGGUCUCAAGAAAUGGAUUCGAUGGAGGGGCCUCCAAGGCAAAGAGGUGCUGCCCGGCAACAUAAACACCUACAGCGAGGUGGAGAACGUGCUCCAGCCCAGCGUCUUCGCCUCCAAGGUGCGACUCUAUCCCUACAGCCAGUACGAUCGCACCGUCUGCCUGCGCGCCGAGAUCGUCGGCUGUGCCUGGGAAGAGGGAAUUGUGUCGUACAGCAUUCCCAAGGGCAUGCAGAGGGGCAUGGACAUCGAUCUGUCGGACAAAACCUACGAUGGAUACGAGGAGGGAGAUCAUUACGUGAACGGUUUGGGCCAACUCGUUGAUGGUCAGCGGGGCAAGGACAACUUCCGAGCCGAUAUUAAUGGCCUCGGCAAAGGUUACGAAUGGAUUGGCUGGCGAAACGACACUUUGCUCGGGCGGCCAGUGGAAAUCAUAUUCGAGUUUGAGACAGUUCGCAAUUUCAGUGCUGUCAUCAUACACACCAACAACAUGUUUUCCAAAGAUGUUCAGGUGUUUGUCCACGCCAAAGUAUUCUUCAGCAUCGGCGGUCGCCACUUCUCUGGCGAGCCGGUGCAGUUCUCCUAUAUGCCCGACCUGGUUUUGGAUCACGCACGCGACGUGACAAUCAAGUUGCACCAUCGCCUGGGGCGCUACCUGCAGUUGCAUCUGUACUUCGCCGCCCGCUGGAUGAUGAUAAGCGAGAUAACGUUUAUAUCAGUUCCUGUGGUCGGCAAUUUCACGGACGAGCUGCCGAAUGGCGAGAAACAGCCGUCCACUUCUGAGUAUCCGUUGCAGCGCGAUGAAGUCGGACGAGCGAUUAGCAGCGGAGGCGAACGAAGCCAGCACACGACUCAAGUUAUAUCUCCGAAGCCCAUUGACCACCAGGAACCAGAGACGAGCUUCGUCGGCGUCAUAAUCACAGUGCUGGGCACAAUAAUAAUGCUGCUGGUGGCAUUUAUACUGCUGAUAGUGGCUCGCAAUAAGCACGCCAGGGGCAGGGAGAACGGAUUGGAUGCCUUCCAGCACAACUUCAGCCCGGACACACUUAACGGCAACGGUGUCCUGAAGGUGGUCACAACAAUGGAUGACAAUGAGUCGUCCAUUGACAAGAACAGUCUGUACCAUGAGCCCUUCAACGCGAACAUGUACACCAGUGCGGCGAGUGCUUGCCCCAUGAAUGACCUGCAGCGUCAGCAUGUAUCACCCGACUACACAGAUGUGCCGGACAUUGUGUGCCAGGACUAUGCGGUGCCUCACAUGCAGCAGCUGCUGCCCAAUUCCCCGCCAUGCGGCUCGGGAUGCGGAACGGGCACGGGUCCCGGAACGGGGUCGAGUCCAGAAUUCGUUGUUGCCACAGGCAAAGUGACCGCCAGCACACGCAACUCUCUUAAUGCGGCCACACUGCCGCUACCUUCGCCGCCCGUGCCACCGCCGCCGGAGAAAUAUUACGCAGCAACGCCAGUUUGCAGCAAGCCCAUGCCCGUGGCGCCGCCGGGUUCCCAGAGCAGCGGAUCCCUCAGCUCCUCGACUACGGCUGCCACCACGCCCACCAGUGGCGGCGUGGGCAAACCGCAUCAUUACAAUUUGGAUAUGAGCGCAAAUUUCGCCGACAUUAACGAGGAGCGGGCCAAUUGCCAAGUGCAGGAGUUUCCGCGUCAGUCGCUGGUCAUCGUCGAGAAACUGGGCUCCGGCGUAUUUGGCGAGCUGCAUUUGUGCGAAACAAAUGUGCUGAAUGCUACCCUCGUGGCAGUGGCCACCCUGCGGCCCGGGGCCAAUGACCACCUACGCAAGGAGUUCCGCAGCAAGGCGAAGCAGCUGGCGCAGCUGAGCGACCCCAAUGUGGCCCGGUUGGUGGGGGCCUGCCUGCGGGACGAGCCCAUCUGCAUUGUGCAGGACUACUCGCACUGCCUGGGCGACUUGAACCAGUUCCUGCAGGAGCACGUGGCCGAGACUAGCGGACUGAUGGCCAAGAAGAGUCUUAGCUUCGGGUGCUUAGUCUACAUUGCCACACAAAUUGCAUCGGGCAUGAAGCAUUUGGAGCAAAUGAAUUUCGUUCAUCGGGAUCUGGCGACAAGGAGCUGCAUCAUUGGCCCCGAACUGUGCGUCAAAGUCUGCUCCAUCGGCACUGUGAUAAAUCGCUCGGCCUACGCGUCCGACUACUGCCAACUGGAGGGCUUCACCGGCAGACAGAGUCUGCCAAUGCCCAUUCGAUGGAUGGCUUGGGAGAGCGUCUUACUGGGCAAGUUCACAACGAAAUCGGAUGUGUGGUCCUUCGCAGUUGCCCUGUGGGAAAUAUUGACUUUCGCCAGAGAACAGCCCUACGAGCAUUUGUCGGACAAAAGUGUAAUUGAAAACAUUGGGCUCAUAUACCGGGACUACAAAAUGCAUGAACUUUUGCCAAUGCCGCCGAAUUGUCCGCGCGAGAUUUACGAUCUGAUGUGCGAGUGCUGGCAGCGGGACGAGUCGAGUCGACCCAGUUUCCGUGAGAUACAUUUGUAUCUGCAGCGCAAGAAUCUAGGUUUUAAGCCACAGACCCACACACACAUGUAUUGAAGCAUUCCAUGUGUAGAAACACGAAUUAAGCAUGAUUUUAGCAGGUAUUCACUCAAUUAUCCAUUUUGACAGCUAUCCGGGAAUAACACACUUUUAAAGAGAAAUGCAUGUAGAGAACUUAGUAAUAACAAUAAGCUGAUAAGCUUAUAAUCGAAACCCAAACCCCGAAUUUAAAACGUUACACUUUUUUCCACUGGUAUGCGCAACCGGAAAUUAUCAAAUUAUGUAUAUCAGAGGUAACGACUGUUUGUACGGUAAAACACAGGAAUCGCUAACAAAUAUUAUACUUCUAAGGACACAAUCAAGUGAAUAGCUUAUAAAACCAUUCGAGUAAUACACAUUAAAAGAGUUGAAAUGUAAAUAAUAUUGGUAGUAAACUCCGUAUGGUAAUAUUUGUGCAUUCUAUCCAAUGGAUAAUUAAAUGGAAUCGAAAAAUAAAAACAUUGACAUAUGUGUGUACCUAUCGCUCCUCCACCUGAACGCUAUCUAUCAAAUCAAUUAUGCUUUACAUAUUUACUAGAGUAACAUGAAAUGAGUCUAUAUUUAUAAAAACUAAGUAAUGUCCACCUGCCGUUGCUGCCCCUUUUCCUAAAAUUGAAAUUGCAUUUUGACGAUGUAUCGCGAUGGAAAAAGUAUUUAACGCCUGCAUAUAAUUUCGACAAUAACUGUUUAAACAAAGAAAUGUGAAAACAAUUGUGCAAAUCGCUUUGUAUUUCUGCAAAUCUAAACUCUUUCGAGUUAAAAACCUAGGCUAAUCGCAGACACUCGUUUUAAAAAAUCUAGUCUACACAGAAGUCAAUUAGACGCAUAUCAAAAAAGUAUUUUGUUUAACCAAAUUUUACUGUGCCUUUCCCUGCUAUUUUUUGUGCUGUACAAAGUCUAAAAUAAUCAUUUAUAAAUUUCAUUUUCUUUGUGUUCUAUCAAAAGCUUGAAAAGGUUUCGCUGAAAAAAGAUAUGCAGUUAUAUCAACUCGGUCUAAGAAAAUUAUUUUUAAAUAUAAGCAUAGCUGUAAGAUCGUUUUAAAUUUGCAUGAUAAACAACAUUUACAAUAUUUUAGUUAAGAGUUAAAUGGUUUUCAUGUAUUCUACAUAUUUAAAAUGGUAAAAUGGUUAAAUUCCCAUUCCGAAUCAAAGGAAUUUAU